CCUUGCAGAAGGGGGGAGCUGUGAGCCCUGCUAAGCUGGGUCUUGGGGUCUCUCCCCUCCCCCAGUGGCUGCAGCACAGAGUGACGGUGCCAGCUGGGGUGGGUGUGUGUGAUGCAGCGCACGACACAAAUUGCUCAGCCCCCAAAUGCAUGGGCGUGCAACCCGGAAACCCGCCACCGCCGGGGCCUGGCCUGGCCUUGGAGAUCACCCCCAUCCCCCUUUCCAGGAAAAGGCCAGGUGUGGCAGGAAGUGCUGUUGACCCUGUCGGUCGAGUGCUUCCCAGGUGAGCGCCCGGCCCCGCCUCCGCGUGAUGCCCGGGUCACCCGACUGCUGGAGAUGGAAAGCCGAGUUCCUGGCCUGCAGCCCUCCCCCCACUUUGUCUCCCGCCCAGACUCCAGCUCUGAGCAGCCUGCUCCGUCCCUCCAAGCGACCCCGGUGGCAUUUGCGUGGGAAGUGGCGCACUGGAGCCCCGCGGUGAAUCUCGGCGUCUUCGACUGUGCCGAGGUGGCCAAUCAGAAAUCCUGCGGGACGUUUGGCAUAACCGGCUUCCCGACGUUGAAGUUUUUCAAGGCCUUCUCCAAGAGCCCGGAUGAUGGGAUAAGGCUAACCAGCUCCACGAACACCGUUCAGGCCCUGAGGCAGGGCGUAAUCGCCAGUCUGGAGACGCACAAGGAGACGUGGCCGCCAGCCUGUCCUCCCCUUUUCUCCUGCAGUGCGGAGGAGAUCCGCGGGUUCUUUCAAAGGAACAACGUCACGUACCUGGCGCUGAUCUUCGAGACGAGCGACUCCUUUGUGGGCAGAGAGGUGACCAUGGACAUGCUGCAGUACGAGAACGUCGCCGUGCGGAGGGCGCUGAGCAGCGAGGAGGCGCUGGUGAAGCAGUACGGCCCCACCACCUUCCCUGCCGGCUUCCUGCUCGUCCGCAACGGGACCUACAAAACGCGUUUUCUCCUCUCUCUGUCCUCACCACAGUAUUUUCCUGGCCGCCCCUUUGUCCGGAGCUUCCUGCGCUCGGUGGACAGCUGGCUGAGGAGCAUGAGAGGGUCGGGGAUCACCUACCAAGCCUUGGAGCGGGUCUUGACCAACAGACGACAGGUGGGUCACGCUGAGGUGAUUCCCUUGAGCCUGACGUGGGUGGGUUGCCAGGGCAGCGAGCCUCAUUUCCGAGGCUACCCGUGCUCCCUCUGGAUCCUCUUCCACGUCCUGACCGUGCAGGCGGCCCAACGCCAGAGGCUCAGCACAGGCACGGAGACCGAGGACCCCACCUUCCCCAAGAUGCAGUGGCCUCCCCCGGACCUGUGCCCGCGGUGCCACGGCAUAGUCAGGGGGCGCCACGUGUGGGACGAGGCCACCACGCUGCGCUUCCUCAAGGCUCCAGGCACGGAGACCGAGGACCCCACCUUCCCCAAGAUGCAGUGGCCUCCCCCGGACCUGUGCCCGCGGUGCCACGGCAUAGUCAGGGGGCGCCACGUGUGGGACGAGGCCACCACGCUGCGCUUCCUCAAGGCCCACUACUCCUCCGCCAACAUCAUCUUCGAUUACACGGAGCCCGAGGUGUCCCUGCUGGCCAGGCGUGGCCGGAGGGCCAACGAGGGGGCCCAGGCGGAGGGGGACGAGCGAGGAGGGGAAGGGGACGAGGGAGAAGCAGCGGGGGAAGGAAGAGGGAAGAAU